AUGCCAUUGAGCGACACAAACUCGCCUUACGGGAACUUGUCGGCAGCCUCGAAAGCCGUGUUGCUGAAACUGUUCGCGGACGCCUAUCCUCAAGAGGAACCCAAGAAAGUCCGGAGGAUACUGGAAGUCGCCUACUUCCGGUCAGGGUCGUCCUUCCUGGGUCAGCUGCUCUCGGCGAACCCACAGACCUUUUACCACUUCGAGCCUCUGCGGACGCUUUCCGCAGGGUCCCGGCUGUCUGGUAAAGCGGCCCUUAGGGGCCUCGAUUACAUCGCGGAUUUCUUCAGCUGCACUUUCGCCAACCACGCGGACCACCUGCGACUGGCCAUGAAGUUUCCUCACCCGUUCAGGCAGAACAGUUAUCUGUGGAACGCCUGCGCCGGCGUCAAACGAAUCUGCCUCGAUCCCGAAUUUCUCAACGCUGUGUGCAAGACAGCGCCGACGCAGGUGAUGAAGGUGGUGCGCAUCGACAUGGACACCGUGCGGCGUUUUCUACUGGAUGGGCCAACGCCAAUUGCGGGAGAAUUCAGUGUGGUGCACCUAGUCCGUGACCCCCGCGCCAUCUGGCUGUCGCGUCAGAAACGUGGCUGGUGCCGUGGUAGGGCCGACUGUUCCAGCGCCCGCGUGCUGUGCGACGAGAUCGAGCGCGACCUGGACGUCUUUGAGAAUCUUCGCCGAGAGUUUCCCGGCCCGACAAUACAGGUGAGGCUCAAAAGUAGUUGUGAACGCAGUGGCUGCGAAGCUCCCAUGCUAAAGGAAAAGAACCUGAUUGACAGCUUCGCUCAGGUGCGUUACGAAGACCUUGCCAUGGACCCCUUAAACGUCACCGUGAAUCUGUACGACGCACUCGGAAUGCCUUUCACUACGUUCGUCAAAAAAUUCAUCGAGUCCCACACCAGCGAGAGAAACAUAAGAGUGCGCCGCAAUCCAUACGCGACAUCCAGGAACUCCAAGGACAUGGUCGACGCGUGGAAGCGGAGCAUCAAGCCUUCCCACGCUCGACACAUCAACCGGGCAUGCCGACGCGUGAUCAAAAGACUGGGUUACGAACUGUGACGUUUGCGCAUGGGUGCCUGUCGUCCCCAUGGCUGCGUGCACAUCUCCGGCCAAUACGCGUCGCGCGCCAGAAUCAGCGUCGGGACCAGGGCCGUUCUGCUGUCGAUGCGAGCACGGCAGCACCACGAAACGGACGUGAGGAAUUCUUAUCUGUUGCAUUGAAGCUGUUGGCGGGCUCAGUGCGGACGCUAAAAAGUGGCGACAAGGUAUAUAUAUAUUGUAGCAAAGCUUCCAUUGAAGCCCAUACGUUCAAAACAUGGCGGUUCUUCGCCGGUUCAUGGGGCUUAGCGCCAUCUGUAUGUGGAGGGAAU